AUGGGGGAGACGCUGGCCCAGGGUCCCAGGGGUUCUGCUUCGGCGUGGGUUUCCGACCCGUGUCCUCGGGAUGUCACCCGGGGAGUUGAAUGGGGAGGAAGGUCUUACAGGGAGCAGCGUCCCUCGGGAGGGCAGGUUGUGCCUGCUCCCCACCGCCACAGCUCCCUCCUUGCCCCUCACUGCGGCUCCAGGGCUCAGCAGCCCGCACUGGUCCUGCGGGAGUAUCGGAAGCAAGCGGCAGGGGUGGAAUCUCCUCUGCCAGCUGGUGUUGCUAAGCUUAGUUAUCGCUUUGCAUCAUCUCACAAGUACAUUCCCAGGCGAGCUGUGCUGUAUGUACCUGCAGAUGAUGAAAAGAAGAUACGAAAAAUCCCGUCACUAAAUGUAGAUUGUGCGGUGCUGGACUGUGAAGAUGGUGUGGCUCUGAACAGAAAGAGAGAAGCGAGACUGACCGUUGUGAAAACCCUUGAAGAGUUUGACUUUGGCCAUGCUGAAAAGUGUGUUAGGAUAAACUCCGUGUCCAGCGGUCUUGCAGAAGAAGAUCUAGAGGUGCUUUUGCAGUCCAAGGCCCUUCCUUCAAGCAUGAUGCUGCCAAAGGUUGAAAAUGUUGAAGAAAUAAGAUGGUUUUCAGACAAAUUCUUACAUCACCUGAAAGGCCGAACACUUGUAGAACCAAUGAAUUUUAUCCCCUUUGUGGAAACUGCAGUGGGCUUGCUCAAUUUUAAGGCUGUCUGUGAAGAAGCACUGAGAACAGGAUCCCGCGUUGGCUUUCAUUUGGACGCAGUCGUCUUCGGAGGAGAGGAUUUCCGUGCCAGCAUAGGUGCAACAAGCAGUAAGGAAACUCAUGAUAUUCUAUAUGCCAGGCAAAAAAUAAUAGUCAUAGCAAAGGCGUUUGGCCUUCAAGCAAUAGACCUUGUUUACAUCGAUUUCCGAGAUGAAGAUGGGCUCCGCAAACAAUCAAGAGAAGGUGCCUCGAUGGGAUUCACUGGUAAGCAGGUGAUUCACCCCAACCAAAUUGCUGUUGUCCAGGAACAGUUCUCUCCGAGCCCUGAAAAAAUAAAGUGGGCACAAGAACUGAUUUCUGCUUUUGAAGAACAUCAGCGAUUAGGCAAGGGAGCGUUUACUUUCCGUGGGAGCAUGAUCGACAUGCCAUUACUGAAGCAGGCACAGAACAUUGUUACGCUUGCCACAGCCAUCAAGAAAAAAUGAGCUGAACUCCCAUCAGAAAGGGCAAAGCCUCGAAUAAUUACGCACUGGUUGAAAUCAUUGCGAUGAAAAUCAUUACCCUGUGCGGGCUUUGCAUUUCCCACCCACUGCCCCCCCCCGCUUCUGCAAAUGUGCGAGAGCCAUUAAAAAUAUCGCUCCGACAAUGC